CCACUGCAUGACUGUGCUUGAGAUGAUCCAUUGGAUAGUGGGACACGUGCCCACUCCUCCAGGCUCUCCAGCCCCGGUGGUACUUCAGGCGACUGGAGCAGAUGUGGAUCAACCCCAGCCGGUGCUGGAGGCACAGAGGGCCAGGAGGCAACCCCCAGCCCCGCACAGGCGAGUGUUCCCUGUGUCCCCGAGCCGCUGUCGCUGUGGGAGCCCGAGCGUCAUGUUAGGGUGAAGCAGAGGAGCUCAGUGCUGAACAUGCUAAGGAGGUUGGACAAAAUCAGGUUCAGAGGUCACAAGAGAGAUGACUUCCUCGAUCUAGCGGAGUCUCCAAAUGCCUCGGACACCGAAUGCAGCGACGAGAUCCCCCUGAAGGUGCCGCGGACCUCGCCCCGGGACAGCGAGGAGCUGAGGGACCCUGCUGGUCCAGGGACCCUCAUCAUGGCCACAGGAGUCCAGGACUUUAACCGGACAGAGUUUGAUCGACUAAAUGAGAUCAAAGGUCACCUGGAAAUUGCCUUACUGGAAAAACACUUCUUACAGGAAGAGCUCCGGAAGCUGCGAGAAGAAACCAACGCGGAGAUGCUGCGGCAGGAGCUGGACCGGGAGCGGCAGCGGCGGAUGGAGCUGGAGCAGAAGGUGCAGGAGGUGCUGAAGGCCAGAACCGAGGAGCAGACGGCUCAGCAGCCCCCAAAAGGGCAGGCCCAGGCCAGCAAUGGAGCAGAGCGCCGGAGCCAGGGGCUGUCCUCGCGCCUGCAGAAGUGGUUCUACGAGCGGUUCGGGGAGUACGUGGAGGACUUCCGGUUCCAGCCCGAGGAGAACACCGUAGAGACGGAGGAACCCCUGAGCGCCCGCAGGUUAACUGAGAAUAUGAGACGGCUCAAGCGUGGUGCCAAGCCUGUCACUAACUUUGUGAAGAACCUCUCUGCCUUAUCCGACUGGUACUCCGUCUACACGUCUGCCAUCGCCUUCACCGUGUACAUGAAUGCCGUGUGGCAUGGCUGGGCCAUCCCGCUGUUCUUAUUUCUAGCAAUUCUGAGGUUAUCCCUCAAUUACCUCAUCGCCAGGGGCUGGCGGAUACAGUGGAGCAUCGUGCCGGAAGUGUCUGAGCCCAUGGAACCUCCAAAGGAAGACCUGACUGUGUCUGAGAAGUUCCAGCUGGUGCUGGAUGUUGCUCAGAAAGCCCAGAACCUUUUCGGCAAGAUGGCUGACAUCCUGGAGAAGAUCAAGAACUUGUUCAUGUGGGUCCAGCCGGAGAUCACACAGAAGCUGUAUGUGGCGCUCUGGGCUGCCUUCCUGGCCUCCUGCUUCUUCCCUUACCGCCUGGUGGGGCUCACCGUGGGACUCUAUGCUGGUAUCAAGUUCUUCCUCAUCGAUUUCAUCUUUAAACGCUGCCCGAGGCUGCGGGCCAAGUACGACACGCCCUAUAUCAUCUGGAGGAGCCUCCCCACCGACCCGCAGCUCAAGGAGCGCUCCAGUGCUGCCGUCUCGCGCAGGCUGCAGACGACCUCAUCACGGAGCUAUGUGCCCAGCGCGCCGGCCGGCCUGGGUAAAGAGGAGGACGCCGGCCGCUUCCACAGCACCAAGAAGGGCAAUUUCCACGAAAUCUUCAACCUGACAGAAAACGAGCGGCCGCUGGCGGUGUGCGAGAACGGCUGGCGCUGCUGCCUGAUCAACAGGGACCGGAAGAUGCCCACGGACUACAUCAGGAACGGGGUGCUCUACGUCACGGAGAAUUACUUGUGCUUCGAAAGCUCCAAAUCUGGGUCCUCAAAGAGGAACAAAGUCAUCAAGCUGGUGGACAUCACGGACAUCCAGAAGUACAAGGUCCUAUCUGUCCUCCCGGGCUCAGGCAUGGGGAUCGCCGUGUCAACGCCAUCCACUCAGAAACCGCUCGUGUUUGGUGCCAUGGUGCACAGGGAUGAGGCCUUUGAGACCAUUCUCAGCCAGUACAUCAAGAUCACCUCAGCGGCAGCGUCUGGCGGGGACAGCUAGUAUUGACUUGCCUGGGACGUUGCUGGAAUUUUUUUUUUUUUUUUUUUUUUUUUAACGAUUUGGUAGUGGAAGCAAUUGGACAUCCUCAUGAGCUUUUGCAAUAAUUCUCCUGGACCUGCGGUUCUAUUGUGUUGGCCUCUGCAUUUUAUCGACCACGAAGGGGCCGGGGCUCACAGGGCUGGGGGCGCGUCUCUCCCACAGGGCGCGUCAGGCGCCUCUGAGGGCCACCUGCAGACGGGGAGGGGGCAGAGGCCCUCGGGGGCCCGUGGAGAGGACGCACAGGACCCCGGGCCCCGCCCUUCUCCGUGCCAGCCUGGACAGAGAAACCUCUCGCAACCUUGUGUCCCGCUCUCCAGAGGCCGGAAGCUCAUCCACCACCAAAGCCAUAGCUGAAGAGUGCGGGGCCCUUCCUCCUGGGGACAGGAAGAUGUCAACAAGGAGGGACAUGGGGACCUUUCACCAACCACCGAGAAGCAGGCCUGGCAGUCCUCCUUCCUCUUACAUGAGGCCCUCUUGAGGCAUUUGUCGGCGCGGGGCUGGAGCCGGGAGCCUGUCCCUGUCCCUGCCUGUGCUCCACGGGAGCAGCGAGGGUGAGAAGGGCCCACCCCGCACUUCCCCUCAGUGUCUUUGGUGGUGCCGUCCUUGCCGGCCUCCAGGGCGCUCAGCACCGCGUCUGUAAGGGCCCGCCUGCCGCUCUCAGCCUGACACGCCAGCCAGGAGGUCCGUCGUCUGUGACCAGUAAGGGCACGGGAUGGUGCAGGUAAAAGCACAUCUUUCUCAUACCUUGCUCUUUGGAAGGCCCAGGAGAACAUCUGUGAAGGGCGUUGGAGGUGCUCUGAGCACUGUGGCGUGUCUGGCAAGUGGUCUCUAGGCUGCAGUUGCCUGGGUUGGUUGGGGAAGGGAGUGGGCAGGAGUGUUCUGGGUCCAUGGUGGCCCAGGCUGCAGCCGCUUUUGGGCCAUGCCAGAGGCUCUGUGGCAGCCGCUGUGCUUCAGGGAACAACCGUGAGCCGAGCCGAGAGGCUCGGGCCUGCACUGCCUGCAGCCGACAUGUGACAGUGUUCCCUCCCCUGCGUGCCUAGCAAGUGCCAGUCCGGGCACAGACCCUCCCAGCCCCUGCCCCGCCCCAGGGAAGUCUGGGCUUCCCGGGAACAAGGUGGCAUUUGUGGAGGGAGCACCCGCAGGCCUGGUUUGCUGGGGCCGCCUGCACUGGACGAAGGGAGGGAAAGGCGGCCUGGGCCUCCUGGAGGAGGUGGCUGCCCCGCGGGCCUGUGCGUCUGCUGGGGCAGAUCCCUCAGCUCCCUCAGCUUGUCCUGAGUCCCUUGGGUGUUGCUGAGAUUGUUGUUUUUUGAAGAAACAGAAGAUUAUAUUUUUUACAGAGAGCAAGCUGUUUUUCUUAUUUUUGUAUCAUUUUUCAGGUGUAAUUUUUACCUUUGCUCUGAUCCUCAUUUGCUGGUGUGGGUGAGGGAUCUGGCGGCACGGGCUGGUUUCACCCCCUUCACGAGGGGCUGCAGGGUCACACGCUGGUGCCGGGGGUGCUUUUGGGGGAGCCACGGCGAUCACCAGAUUAAGCACAUAUCCUAUCCCAGGCGGUGGAGUGGAGCCCUCUUGGCUGUGGGCCGCGUGGAUGUCGGCGGCAGGAUGACUGCACGGCGGCCUUUCCCAAAUGGGGCAGAACCUGCUCUGAGCCGGGGGUCUGGCCCUGUAGGGGACCAGCUGUCUUGGUGCACCAGGGGCGGGGGACACGCCCCAGUGAACCCCCCCUCAGCGCCUGGGGCAACACAGGGUGGGCACCGACCCACCCCAGGGACGGCUGCAGAGGCCAUGCCCACAGACCAUGGUCACCCCUCUCUCCCCAGGGCCCGGCCGUCCCCAAGGGUGGGUCUGGGGCCUCGGGGCCAGUGAGCGCCUCUUCUCAGGUGCUGGGAUUCGGUCCCCAAACACAGCGGGAGGGGUCCCUGGGGCAGAUGAGGCUUCUUUACCAGAGUCGGGUGGUUUAGUUCGAGUCCCUUUUGUGGAGAAAGGGAGAUGAAAACUGACCACAUGCCAGGUGUGGCCGCAGCCCCCCAGGGAGGGCCGCGUUCGGGGAGCGGGGGGAGGGGGAGGGCCACCAGUUGGCUCCGCUGCCAGCACAGGUCCUUCCUGGAAGUCCUCGGGAGCGCAGACCGGCACAGGCUCCGGGCUCCCCAUGGAGAGAAGCUGUAGUUUUUACCAAAUUGUGUACAUCUGGGCAGAUGUUUAAUUUCUAUGACUAAUCCCUGAACUAGAUGAAUGUUAAAUUUUUUAUGUCUGAAGCCUGAGUCUAUUUUGGAUCUGUAAAUAAUCAUUGCCAGUGUGACUUUUGUUCAACAAAAGGAUUGUACUGUAUUAAGAACUGAUGAAAAAAAUUAUCCUGUAACAUUUUUUUAAGAAAACUUUGUUUGUUUAAAGAAAAAGCCUUGUAUAAAUUAUAAUUUUUAUUUAAAUAAACCUAAAAUGCUUUGUGCUAAGG